AUGCUGGGUGCCAACCGCUCGGACAAAAAGGCGCGCCCCCUCCACAAUGUGUCGGUGGGGUCGCCACAGGAGGAAAACACGGCGGGUGGAAAUAUCGUGUCAACCACUACUCAUGCGCGUAGGAAACCUUCAGUCCAGAGCCGGCGUCUGAGGAGCCGCACAGCCGAGCAUCGCUCAUGCUGGGGUGGAUGCAGUAGCAGUAGUAGCAGCAGCAGGACUGAUGUUGUCGCAUCCACUAGGUCACUGCUGCAGCUGGCCAAUGAAAUGUUGCGGCGAACGUCCAUGGAGCAUCACGAGGCAUCGCAGCCACGAAUGCCGCGUCGUCCCCAAACAAGCGGAGAGGGUGUCCGUCCAAGUGCUCAGGUUGUGCAAGGAGGAGAGACACCUCACUUACAAUGUGCUGAGGAGAAGCCAUACAGCACCAGCAACAAGAGCGGGGCGGAUAAUGCCCUGCGCAUAGCGGAAGCUGUUCAUGACAAUAUUGUGAGGGCACAUACGAAUAGUUUCUUCUCCCUCAGCAAGGACCCAGUAACAUUCAUAUCAUCACCGACCGUUUCUGCCUGUAGAACGCAGCAUAUACCGGUGGAAGUAUCACAGGGCUGUAGAUUUACCAAUUCACGAUUUUCCCUUGGGAAAUCUUCCUCCUUUCCUGCAGGAGCAGCUGGUGCGGAUACCAGGAUACCCAGACACAUCCUACAGGAGAGCCUUCCGCCGGGAAUCCGCGAGGAUCCAUCCAUUGGCCUUUUGCUUGAUUCGUGCUUAGACGAACAUGGUACCGUUGCAUUGAGUGAUUUGCUACCCUUCCUGAGACUCGCCGAGGGUGACGUGGCGGGUGGGGCUUCCACCACCGCAUCAGCAACAAGAACAAAAAUAUCAUCAUCGUCUCUAGCGUGCUCUGAGGCCAUGACCAAGGCCUACUUUCGUGUGUUUCUACUUAUCGGUGCACGACAGUAUCCAGUGGAUGACAAGCUGAGUAUUGUUACCUUGUCGCCGACGCCAGGCGACGUCACUGCGGGCUCACCAUGGCUACUCUUUGCGGAGCAGCUUCUGCAGCGCCUCCCUCGCUUUCCACGACAGUUGUUGUACUCAAUCGGUCCUCUUGGUGAAGAGCGCAGUCCACCAAAGGAGUGUGGCGAGUCGUGGGACUCGUGGACUGCGUCGCCGCCCGCGGUGAAGGCGCUGCCGUUGCUGCAAGUGUGGUCUGUCAUAAUGUUCCCGAGGUUUGUGGUGCUCGUGACGCGAUGGGGGCUGUGUCCGAUGGAGCUGCUGCGUGAGGUGCAGCGGGACACCCCAGUGUCACAGAGCGGCUCCGCCUUGUCAUCGUCGUUGCCUCCGCCUACUGCCACCAGCAGCCUUCAGACGGAUGGGACGCCGGGUUACUCGCUUGCCAGCCAUCCGUAUUUUGACGAGGAUCCGAAUACUCCAGGGGCACACGCGAGUAGCCCCCCCAAGGCGAAGGCGAGCAUCUCUGGAGGGCCUUUUCUGUUGGCUAGGCCCAUGGAGAGUGUGCAGCGGGUCAACUCGGUGCUGAACGCGUGGCGGAUGGAGUUGGAGGACGGUGCAUCAAAGUCGUCUUCCUCGCAGCACGGCCCAAUUUGCAAGCAGCCCGCGCUGCAAGCCCGGCAACAGAGCCGUUCGUUACCGGAGACAACUGUGGUUUCACACGAGAUGGCUGUGAUGGCGCAUCCACCAGCCCAACCGGCGAGGCGGGCAAACCCACGGCUGAAGGGGUGGCGAACCGCGGACAAAAAAAGGUUCAGCCCAUACAAUGCGUCUGUUCUUCACGCCCGCUCCAGCUUUUCCUGCACCAAAGCACCGGAAUCAGUCGCAAAGGCAAAGACAAGGACUGCAUCCAGGAGUGCUUUGGGUGGAGGUAAGACUCCGUGGGAUUCUCAAGAGAGCAGCGGCUUUUUCACGACGAGGUUGCAUUCCGCAGUGGGGCGUGACCACGAGCUGUAUGGAAACUCAUUGGAGCGGACAUCUGUGGAUGCGGAGGAGGACGAUGCCAAGGCAUGGCGUAUUCCUCGGUGGCCUCGUCAUUCCUUGUCGCUCUUCUCAGAGGUUACUCUGUUCCCUCCCCCAAUCCAGGCGCCUGAUAUGACAUGCUCUAUUUUGCAACGGUCCCAAGGUGAGUGGGACAAGGACGCAAACAAAACGGUGCAUCUGCUGUCAUCGACAUUGCCGAUCAUGCCGACGGAAAAUGGUGACCUACAUGAGCCUCACAUUGAAUGCAACGCUUUAGAAGUGGCAAGAGAAAACACUAAGUCAAUCUUUUCAAAUGGCUUUUCAGAACAUCAACCAUGCGAGAGGUAUCAGCAGCCACAUUGUGAUCCCAACACCAAUGACACCAGCAACUGGACAGCGAGCACUCGGGACCUCGUGACGUCCGUGUCUCUUGAUCGACACCAGGGAGAGUUACUGUUGACGUCACACACUCCUAUGAGUCUGCACAAAGGUGAAGUGAAGGUUUCUGAGUUGCGAAGCGGUGUAGAAACAGUAGAAGCAGCAUCUGCCUUGAGCUUGACAUCUUCUGAUAUGCAGGAUUGUGGUGUCGUAACAGGUGAGGUGGCGCAAGAACACGUCAGUAGACACGACACAUGUGGGCCUGUGACACCACUUGCACGGGCCUCCCCGAAGCGACAGCUAUACAUGGGGAGCGCUAUACGUUUACUACAGGGAGUGGGCCGUGGCUACGUUACACGCAGGUGGGUUUUUAUUGCGCGUUGCAAUGCGGCUGUGGUGCUGCUGUGCCGUGUUUUCAGAGGCCUACGUGCCCGUCAUCGUCUCUAUAAUCUGAAAGAAAUACAGCAAAUAUGUCUUGAUUCCAUGAAUGAAGACGCGCCCCCAUCGCUUCCACAGUACAGUGCCAUUGAGGAUAUUCACCUGCGGCGGAGAACAUCAAUGAACAGCCGCACAAUGACGUUCACGGAGUUGUCUGCAGCGGCAUUGGACCUCGUCAAUAGAAGUGAUACUUACAUUAGCUCUUCUCGCUUGCCGAUGAUACGACGAAGAGAAAGGAUCAACUCACUCAUGCUUCUGCAGCGAGUGGGACGUGCGUAUGUGGCAAGACGACAAAGAGCCGACUUUUUGCCCAGUAACCAAAUGAAACAGGCGGCGACAGUGGAGACCGCUGUGCUGCGUGACGAAGAGGUGGUGCUGCCGUCGUCAGCAAAUCACGGCGUACCCCUUCAGAAUGAAGGACCUCCGAGCAGCACAAGCACGAUGACUCGGCGGCGAUCGCCCGGGGUGACAUUUAUUGCCUACGGGCAGGAGAUGGUACGGCAAGAUACAAAUGACUGCUUGGGGAUCCUGCCGCAAACCCCGGAAAGACGUCGAGAAAUUGACAACAAUGUGUGGCAAGGGCGUAUGACACGUCAAGUGGACCCCCAAAAGCAGCAGCAGCAGCAGCAACAACAACAACAACAACAACAGGAUCGAGGAGAGGACCAGGGGAGAAUGUCUGAAGUAAGGGUUGUGGAGGAGAAGUUCACGGAGCAUUUCGCCACGAAGCGGCCCAAGACGCCGAUGAGGGCAGCUUUAGCGGAGGACGAUGAUUUUGGCGCUCUAGAAGUAGAGUGUCCGAUGCAGCAGGAGAGCGUAACACCACCCGAGAUGUUUCUAAAUUUAAAGCCAAACAGACCUGGUCUUGGCUUUGAACGCUCGUCUUCUCCGCCUGUUGUGAUAAGCGGUUUGGCGUUCUGUCACCAGAUGGAUGGUCUUUCUCCUGGUGAUGCUGUGUCCAGCGUACAAGCCUCGAGUGCGCCCUCCUCUGAGGCUCCCUCCUGCUGCUUCUCGUGUUCCCCAUCAUCGGCACCGAACAUAACGCCCAACUCCGUCUCAUUGAGAGACUUGGAGGCGAGCUUUCCGUUCGACAACACAAUGGCAAGCGUGGAGGAUGACAAGAGAAGCUUUUUUAGCAUCAUCUCCAGCGGCAGUGAGGACUGUCGCAACGAUCGAAGUGUAAACAUGGUACCAGACUUUCUUGUUCCAGCUGGGCUCACUGAUCAGCCUUUGAUGUGUGACACGGAUGCCAUACUUCUCAUGCAGCGCAUCGGUCGAGGCUUUGCUGGGCGUAAACAGCUACACUUUGUGAUGCUGCUGACUAUUUCAUGGUUUGAGAUUGGCAUGCUGCAUCGUGCUGCGCAUGGAUAUUAUGAGCGGAAACAGCUGGGGUACAGAUACCACGCCACACUAGAGGCAGAGAGAGACUUGCAGCGUUUUCACUACCGCAAUCGAUGCUCUGUACAAAUACAGAGGAUGGUUCGUGGAUAUUUGGCGAGGCAAAAAGUGAAGAAGCUGCAACGCAAGUUGUGGGUGCGCAUUGAACUCUACGUUGCGCUUGAGCAGCACGAACUUUACGAUGAAGGAUAG